AUGAAUCACACUGAAUUAUCCGUCAAAACCACCAUUGAAGACAUUGAACCUAAAUUAGAUAAAAACUUCAAACCUUACUUUAAACUAAGUUUGCGAGGUUUCACCAACCCCUUUUAUGCUUUUAGUUAUCAUCUCUCCCCCGAGACUUUAACCAUGCUUAAAGAAAAACCCGAGCAAUUCACUAAUCAAUUAGCCCUAAUUGCUUAUCAAGAGUUACCUAAUUUAGAUGAAAAGAAGUUAGAAUUAACCCAAAAAAUCCAAAUUCUCCAAGAAUUAACUACCCAGUUAGAAGUUCAUGAAGAAAAUAAUCAAGAAGCUGGGAAAAAAAGCCAGCAACCAACUAAUUAUGAAUCACCAAAAACCUUUUAUUUGCCAGUCAGAAAUUUAACUAAUUAUGAAAAGCCUAACCCUAAAAGAAAAAUUUCACUUAGAAAAGAAUCCGAAAGAACUGGCAAAAUAUCCAAGAUCCUGUCUUUAAAUCUUCCUACUAAGCAAGGAACUAAAAACUAUCACAGUUUUUUAGAUUUUCAAGAAGGAAAAGAUGAUCAAGAAAAGGAACAGAAUGCUAGAGAAAAAAUAGCCCAACAAAUAUUUAACGAUCAUUAA